AUGCUACGAGUACGACAGGAAAAACCGUUAUGCGAAUUACCUUCGAAUUUAGGUCCCAUCUCAGUAAAUAGGUCAUAUAUAGACUUGGAAGAAUUGGACGAACAUGCAUUUCCAGAGGUAAAGUGGGGCGGGCAGUUCUCGCCAUACGAUUGCACCGCCGAACAUAAAGUGGCCAUUAUAGUGCCUUUCAGGGAUCGACAGAAGCAUCUGGCGUUAUUCAUAAAGUACAUGCAUUCGUUUCUGAUGAAGCAGCAAAUAGAAUAUAGAUUAUUUAUUAUCGAACAAGCAGAAACGCAUCCGUUCAAUCGCGGGCAGCUCAUGAACGUGGGGUUCUUGGAGAGCCAGAAGAUGGGUAACUGGGAGUGCUUCAUCUUCCACGAUGUGGACUUGCUGCCGCUAGACCCGCGGAACGUGUACCAGUGCGACAAGCAGCCUCGACACUUAGCUGCUGCCGUCGAUAAGCUCGGUUUUGAGCUACCGAAUUCGUAUUCAUUUGGCGGUGUGACAGCUGUAACGUUGGAGCAAUUCAAGAAAGUCAACGGCUUCUCCAACCGAUACCAGGGCUGGGGCGGCGAAGACGACGAUAUGUCUCACAGGUUAAGGAUGAUGGGUUACCGUAUCACACGUUACAAUAUGUCCGUAGCUCGGUAUACUAUGCUCAGCCACUCGGAAGCACUGCGCAACCCAAAAAGAACGUAUCUCUUAUCAGGAACGAAAAGAAAAAACAAGGAAGACGGAUUAUCGUCACUAGAAUACGUGGUUAUUAAGAAAAACCUUCACCAGCUGUACACGCACAUCAUUGCGAACCUUAAGGAGAAAUUGGACAGCAUUGAAAUACCAUAUCUUGCGAACAUGCUGUUUGGCGAUAAAUUGUAAUGCAAGUGACUGAA